GUUAACUUUGUUAAUUGUACCACAGGUACGCUUUGCGUUUGUCUUGUAUUUGAACUGUUACUGUGCAUUUAUGUGGGUGACCGAACAUUACUCUUAUCUUGGAAAUAGCACCCGCUUCGAGAGUAUCGUCUGACAUUUCGCGGCGGCGCUCGCGAAUGCACGCGAAAGACUUGAAGAAGAGGGCCGUUGUGAAGUGAGCUGCUUGACAGUUUGCGGGCUGCGUUUGGUUUCGCGUGCUAAUUUUGUCCGUUCCUCGGUGACGAGCAGCAGCAACCCUUCUUCGACAGCAGCGGCAAUGACUUACAGGUAACGAGCUGGAAACGCGUGAAAACAAUGGAGCAUCCGACGAUCGUGGGGAACGCGGCCGGUGCCGCGGAUGACACAUUCCAGGCUAUUGUAACGCACGUGGCGCCCGAGCACCGAUGGCUUAAACUGUUUGUGCAGAGGAACCACGAAAUGAUGAGGCAUAUUGAAGCUUACCUCGAGGGCCUCGAGCCAGCGCUGUCGUCCAAGCCUGGCUUUAUGCAUCAGAGUCAGAUAGCGUUGGGAACGCCGUGUUUCGCGCGCUACUCGGACAAUAAGUGGUACCGUGCCGUGGUGUCAUCCUGGCCGCGCCACAACGAGACUCUAGUCGAGGUGACGUUCAUAGACUACGGGAACCGUGAAGAGGUGUGCGUCGAUGACGUGCGACAGAGCCCAGACCCCAUCUUCAGGACGCCGCAGGGAGUUUACGAGUGCUUUCUUGACGAACUCGACUUGAGCCAUCUCACGCCGGAGGGUGCAGAGAACCUUGUCCUAUUGUCAAAGAGCAAGCUUUUGAGUGUGGAAGUUACCGUCACAGUCCACAGGUACGAACAGGUGCAGGUAAACUGUAUUAGGCCCGUCGUGUCCGUCACCAUGCCUGACGGGAAGAGCCUGGCGGACGUGCUUGCGCGUUCGGCGGCGUUUACGAACGCCACGGUACCGGCUGUCCCGACGCCCAUUUUCACUACCCCGAACAUCGAAUUGGGCGUACCUUACAGGGUAUACGUUUCGCACGUUGAAACCAUGUGCGAUGUGUUUUUGCAUCUAGCUACCAGGGAUCCAAUGGCGUUCACGGAAAUGAUUCAGGAGACGUACGCGGACGCAGUCCCACUGGAUCCCGCGCUGGUACGGAAGGAAACGGCCUGUCUCGCGCGUUUCACAGAGGAUUCUUUACUCUACCGUUCCCUUGUUGUCGACUGCUUCCAAGGUAGCUGUAGGGUGGUCUUUGUCGACUACGGAAAUUAUGAAGUCAAGUCAACGUCAGACUUGUUAGUCAUCCCUCCUGAUUUGCUCCAGGAGCCUACCUUUGCACUCCGUUGCAAUGCGUCUAGCACAGGGCUAGACAAGGACACCUUCCUUGAAGUCACUGCGGAGCAAGAGCUGACAUGCACAUUUUCGCGGGACGUGAUAUCUUCCGUCUAUACCGUUGAGUUUGAGGGUCUGAACGGCAACAAAGCACCUCCGGCAGUAGUUUGUGGUCCGUGUAGUGGGCUGUCAGGAAAUUUACUGCCAGUGACUGCCCUACACACCCAAAUACAACGGUUGAGGCUUGACCCAGGCUGUAGCCACGUCAUGUACAUCACAUUUAUUGAGUCUACCGAAGUCCUCUAUGCACAGCUGAAAGAAAUGGCGGAUGAAAUCGAUCAGAUUUCGGCGCAGCUGGAAGCCGAAUCUCCUUCUCUUGCUAUGCUUUCGCCUGCUGAUAUCAUGCCCGGCUUGGCUGUAGCCUGCAGGUAUGAAGGAACAUGGUACAGGGCUGAAGUGAUCGAGCCAGGCCCGCAAGUGCAGGUCUGGAUUGCUGAUUAUGGAGACACUGUAACACUUGAUAUCUCCGAACUUCGACAGCUGGACCUCAAGUACACUCUGCAGCCUGCAUAUGCUAUGAAGCUAGCUUUGGAUGGAUUCAAGUGUCCGCCUCACGCUUCAAAAGAGAUAGCACCCUUGCUAGAAAAACUGGUUCUGGAUACAGAAGCAAGUGUCUCAAUUGUCGAUGUCCUUCCUGAUGGCACCCACUCUGUUAAAAUAUUUGUUGGGGACCCUCCAAAAUCAGUCGUCAGAUUAUUGAACAUGCCACUGGGACUGGUCUCGGCAAGUGUACCGUCUCCCUGGGCGCGUACCGUGGAGAAACUCCUGGUCACCAAUGUUGCUCCCCCUCGGAAUUUCUUUGGCCAGUUCAUGAGUCUCCCAGAGGGAGACUUGGACAACCUGCAGAAAGAGCUCGAAGACUGUUAUUCUGCAUCGUCGCCAAACCCGGCCUUCCGCCCACGGUCCGGGGAGCACAUCUGUUGUCGGUUCUCCGAGGAUGGGCAGUUCUACAGAGCGGAAGUCAGAGAAGUUUCAACCGACGGCUCACAGUAUGACGUUUUUUACCUGGACUAUGGCAAUGAGGAGACUGUGUCAUCGCAGGAUGUGCGCCCUCUGAAACCACAGUUUGCCAUUGCUCCCCCGUUUGGCAUACCCUGCGAGCUGAAGUUUGGGCAGGUCUCGGAUGACAUGAUCGACACAGAAGUGGAGGUGCGCUGGAUGUCAACCCGCGGCGGGGGUGUCCACAUUGUGGAAUUCACCAGCUCUGGGCAGAGUCUUCCAUCAAAAGCUCCCCCAGCAGUGGUGGCACCUGCUCAAGGAUCGGCUCCGGCCAACAUGAACACAUUUGGUGGAGGAGAGGCUCCUGCCCAAGGCCUCGCACAGCUCCAGCUUGGAACCGGCGUGCAGGAGCAGGCCACAGUGGUCGUGGUGAAGUCACUGUCGGAGUUCUAUGGCCAGCUGACCAGAAAUGACGACCAGCUCAACAACGUGGACACUGUGCUGGCCAGUGUUGCCAGUGCGCAGCCAGGACUUCCACCAGCUAUGCGCAAAGUGGGCACUGCCUGUUGCGCCCUCUAUUCUGAAGAUGGCUGCUGGUACCGGGGCGUCAUCCGAGAGCUGCACCCUGGAAGCGUCACCGUGUUCUUUGUCGACUAUGGCAACAGCGAGAACGUGGAUGACUCGGGGAUCAAGCAACUGCCGGACAGCCUGAGGUCCAUCCCAUGCCAGGCAGUGGCUUGCAGGCUCAGCGGUGCCGUGGCCAUGGACGCUGCCGCGGCAACAGCUAGACUGGAUGAGAUUCUCGUCGAUCAGGAGGUGACCCUCAAGGUGCAUCGUUGUAGCCCCGACAAAGUCCACGAUGUUGACAUCAUUCUCCCGACUGGGGUGAACGCUCGCGAUCAGCUGAUACAGGAAGGACUCGUGCAGUGUUCGGGUGGCCUUGCUUGUCCUCCACAGCCUCCAGCGUCUUCGGUGCACAUGCCUCCUGUACAGAUGUCUUCUCAGGAGCUUUACCAUGUGGGCGGCUUUCAAUAUCCGGCUCUGAUAGAAGGUGUUGCGGUGCCCGUCGAAGUUUGCUGGGUGUUGACGCCUGGCGAAGUCUUCGUUCAGCUUGCAGAGACACGGAAUGCCCUGGAGCAACUCAUGAGUGAAAUGCAGACGUACUAUGCCACUCUUGGUGACGUGAUCAGCAGCGACAUUCGCCCAGGCCAGGCGUGCGUAGCCCUGUACUCUGAAGACGGGCAGUGGUACCGUGCCCGCGUGGUGCAUGCCAAGGGCGGAUUACUGGGCGUUCAGUACGUCGACUACGGAAACUGUGAAGAAAUCCCCGAGGGCUCUGUGCGUCAGGAUCGCCGUGCAAAGAAGAUCCUGGCGAAGUAUGCAGUGCUGCCUGCACAGGCCGUUCGGUGUCGGAUCCGUUCAGUGGCUCCCCCAGGUGGCCGCUCGACAUGGCCGGUGCUGGUAGACCAAGGGCCACUGGAGCAGGCCUUUGAGGGUGCAUUCCUCUGCCGACCAGCUGCGCAGAAAGAUGGCGUCCACCUGGUCGACCUCGAACGCCAAGGCGGUGGGCCGUCCCUCGUCGAGACCUUGGUCGCUGCGGGGCUUGCUGCGGAUGUGACCACCAUUCCCCGUGAGCUGGGAUCCACGUCCGAGGCCAGCCAGAGCCAGAAGCAAGCCCUGAGGGCCGUGAUUUCACCUGCCGAGUUUGUUUUUCAUCCGAAGCAGUAUGUGGACAUCAAGGUGACAGCCGUCGUGUCUAUGUCAGAGGUGUGGUGCUGCCUCGUGGAAUGUGUGGAGCCCAUGGCCAAAGCUCUCCAGGAGGCUGGUGAUGCAGCACCAAAGUUUCGUAAUCCAGUGCCCGGCGAAGCCUGCGUGGCACGGCUGCCAGCAAAGGACGAGGGAGCCGAAGGAGACGCUGUACUCACACCCUGGGCACGCGCCGUGGUGAAGUCACGCCCUUCGCCGGCCAAGUUGGAGCUGUUCUUUGUCGACGUGGGAGGCACCAGGGUGGUACACCACACUGAGGUGAAACAAAUACCACCAGAGUUGACUACCCAGCCCGGCUAUGCAUUCCAAUGUGUCCUCAGCUGCAGUUUUCCUGCCGACACCUCCGAACUGUCGGCAAAAAUACUGUACAAGGAGCUUGUGCUGCAGGUUGAACAGCAGCUGGAACCUGCGAAGGUGAUUGGGUCCCUGUUUGACACCUCCGGAGACAACGAAGUGAACAUCUUGGACACCUUUGCGCACCCGCUACCAGAGGGUGCUCCAGCUCGUGAGGAAUCUCCCAUCCCCGAAGAAAUUCCCACCCCAGCAGAGCAGGUGCAGGAAAGCCAACCCGUGCUGGAAGAUGGUGCUGUUGCAGCUGGUACAGCCACUGUUACAGCUGGUACAGCCACUGUUACAGCUGGUACAGCCACUGUUGCAGCCGAUACAGCCGCUGUUGCAGCCGAUACAGCCGCUGUUGCAGCCGAUACAGCCGCUGUUGCAGCCGAUACAGCCGCUGUUGUAGCUGAUAUAGCCACUGUUGCAGCUGAUACAGCCGCUGCUGUGGAUGAUACAGCCGCUGCUGUGGAUGAUACAGCCGCUGCUGUGGAUGAUACAGCCGCUGCUGUGGAUGAUACAGUCACCCCUGCUGUCAAAUCUGUAGCUCCCAAGCCUGAAGUGACCAGACUGCCUCCGGAGAGAAGUUCAGCCCCAGCUAGGACAUCGUCCCCCACCAGGGCGUCUCGGCCACCUUUCUAUCGGGGCCCCAGCAGCUACACGAUCGUGCCAUGCUAUCCUCCACUUUCAAAAAUAUCUGGCAAGAUGGCAGUUUAUGUAAUGCACGCCGAAGAUCUCUCCUGCUUCUACAUCAUGCGCAAGGAACAGGAGCAUGCUCUGGAAAAUCUUGCCACGCGGCUUGAAACUUACUAUGUCGAAACUCCCGAGCCCAUCGUGAAACCACUGCCCAAGCUGCCUUGUGUGGUCUUCUACCCGCAGGACGAAGCCUGGUACCGUGCUAAGGUUGCGGUAGAUGGCUCAUGUGUGCACUUCGUUGACUAUGGCAACAGUGACAUCGUUCCGGAGGUUAGAGCCAUUGCUGCAGAGUUUCUCGAGGUGCCGCCGUUUUGCUACAAAUGCAAAUUGGAUGGGGCAAAAGACCUUGCCGGUGUUCCUGGCGUAGUCAGCGCGUUCAAGGAGAUGAUCGCAGAUGCAGAGCUAGAGCUCGAGGUGAUGACCUGGGGUCCAGAGGUCACCGUGAGGCUUUCUAAGGGAGGCCAGGAUAUCACCACAGCGCUCAAAAGUCGGUUUCUCUGUUCUGAACCCGCAGCGUUGACAGUGGGUGCUCCAGAGGAGCCUGCUGUUUCCUUAGUGGACACACUUGCUACUGAGCCUUCUCCCGCUGAUGCUAAAGGCCGUGCACUUUGCACAGUGAGCCACGUUGAUAGCCUAAGCUCAUUCUUUAUGUUGUUCUCAACCAAGCUAGACGUUCUUACCAACCUGGUGGACAAGCUGCAAGAAGUACUAGCUUCUAAUGCUCCCACCGUAGUUGAGACACCUGACAGUAGUACUCUCUACGCUGCUCUUUACUCCGAGGACAACCUCUGGUACAGGGCUAGGGUUGAAGGUCCUGCGGAAAAGGGUGGCUUCAAGGUUCGUUUUGUUGACUACGGAAAUGCUGAAACAGUGGAGUCUGUGGUUUCUCUGGACUCCGAAGAGUUGCGUGUUGAACCAUUCUCCAUUGAAUGUCGGCUUGCUGAUGUCGGAGACACUGGUGAUGUUGAUGCUGUUGAGAAAUUCAGAGAGCUUGUCCUGGACUCGGAUCUUUUGGUUGAAACAGUGAAGCCAGGAAAGCCGAUGACAGUUCGACUGUUCACCCUAGAUGGGGUCGAUCUGCACUCAAAGCUGCCACUUCAGAAGACGUACAGGGCCCUGAAAGUUCCACUUCACCAGAAAGCUCAUGUCCACAUCAUCCACGUUGAGUCUGCAACAAACUUCUUUGUUCACUUCAAUGACCGUCUGGAUGCCUUGGAGUCUCUGACAAAACAGCUGCUUGAAGUUCCAGUAAAUGAAAACGCACCAGCAGAUAUGUCACUGCCGUGCAUGGUCUACUGGACGGACGAUCUUCCCUACAGGAUCACUGUCAUCGAGGGUAAGAAUGAAUCUGAACCCGGGGGCACAGCACAAUCUCUAGUCAAGUUUGUCGACUAUGGAAACACUGACACUGUGGAGCGAGCUGGAAUUCGCCAGCUUCCUGAUGCACUGCUGGCUGAACCCCUCUUUGCCAUCAAUUGCACCCUUGACGUCCCUGAAGGGAAAUUGGGCCAAGAAGCAACUGAGAAGCUCCAGCUUCUGGCCGAUGCAGGGCCAGCCUCCUCUCUGUUGGCUGAAUUCCUGGGAGAGAGGAAUGGCUGCUAUGUUGUUCGUCUUCUGGACAUGGGCAUGGAUGUCUUGGAGAAGUUGCAGGGGGCUGCACGAGACGCCUCAGAAGGUGGCAGUGGAGACGUCACCGGUGACGACUCAGUUUUUGAAGGACCUACUGAAACACCUGAGGAUGUACCUGAGGCCCCUGCCACGGAAGGAGCAGACAAACCGGACGAUGGUGCUCCCACAGAGCUUUUGGCUGAACAUGUUCCUGAAGGAGGCAGUUCAGAUAUUGCAAACCUCACUGUGGUGGCCACCAGUUGCAGUAUGGCUGAACAGGCUCUCGAGGAGACACAAGUUUCAGAAGAGGCAGCCAUCCUGGUACAUCAAGGUGAACCCACCCAGUGCUUGGAGGCUGAAACCUCCCAAGACACUUUAGAAGACAAGGAGGCCCUGGAGCUUGCUGUAGGAGCUGAGUCUUUAGAGCGGGAAGGGCCACUAAAUGAAGUACCAGAUGUUGUAGCUCUUAAGGAUACUCAGAGCAGUGAAGCCUGUGAAGACCUGCCUAAAGAGGAUGCACUUCCAGAACCAAAGUGCACUGGCUCAAGUGUGCUGGUAGAUUCUUAUGGAAAUGUUUCAGAUGAAGCCAAAUUGGAUGGAGAAAACUUGGCAGUGCAUGGAGGUGCCACAUCCUCCAGUGUGCCUGAAGACAGUGCAGUGGAUCGUUCAGCAACACUUCAAGAAGAGGUUGUGCUUCCACAAGAAGCCACUGUUAGUGCUGCAAAUUCUGCAGCUGUUAUUGAUGGCAGCAUGCUUCCAGAAAUACCUGAAUUUGGCAAUGAAGAUCUGUCUAUUCUGGCUGAGGACAACACUCUGACAGAAGAUACGUGCGAGGCAGCAGUCUUCGAAGGCACAGUAUCUGAGGACAAAGCAGACACCGAAGCUGCCAAAGAAGGUGCAGGGGCACUACACACAACUGCUGCUGACAUCGAUCAGAGUGCAGAUGUGCAGAUAGGUGCAUCGGUGCAGCCAGAAAAUGAAAUCACCGACUACACCACAGCCGAAAAGUCAGCAGGCUUGGGCAUUGUCAAUUUGGCUGACGAGCAGUCUGCCUUGGCUGGGUCUGGUGAAGCGUACGUUGCCAAGACACUGAGUGAGGAGGCACAGCAGGAGAAGCCAAAGAGAGAAUCAGAUGCCUGCGACGGUAGCGCUGUGUCAGAAGUGGGCCUGACGCCAAAAGGAAACGAUGCACUUUCCUCACCACAACAAGCGGGCGUGGAUGACAGCUCUGCGAUAGGCGCAGCUGCCACUGUACCAACCACCAUCUCAAACAUUGGAGCCGGCGGUGAUGGAACACCAGCGGUUGUUCCAAAUGGUUCCAUGGCACAGUCCAGUCCCAUCACACCACGUUGCUUCAGGAAGCGACUUAGCCUGGACGACUGCCCAAUCCCUGGCGCCUGCACCAACGCAGAACUGCUGGAAAUCCCGAGCGAGAAUGUGAACUGAGGACUAAGACAUCGACGGGUUGCUAGUGCAAGAGUGUGGCAGUUUGUGAAAGUGCCUGCGGAGAGUGCUUACACUAUAGCUUUGCCUUUUGCCCUUUCUUUGUUGUCUUUUUUCAUCCUCGGCAUUCAUUUUUAUUCAAGCAUAUAAACCUUAUGCCUUAUGAUAUAAUUAUUUAAAAUUUCAAAUGUUUCAUUCAGUAUUCUGCAGGUGUGCACUUACAAAUGCACAUUUAAAACCUGUUCAAUUUCAUCACGCUAACUAGAAACUAGAUUUUUUUUUUCUUUAUUGGUAUUGACCCAUCAUUCAUUCCUACAUUCGUGUAUAUCCAACUGCAUUUUGCGCUUCUGUUUCCCAUGGUGUGCAAUCUUGGUUCCAAGUUCAUAUGUUGGUGUGUAUAAGAUUUAUAGUGUGUUUUGUUUGCAGUUUGGAAAAAUAAA